GAGAGAGCGAGAGAGAGAGAGAGAGCGAGGGAGAGAGCGAGAGAGAGAGAGAGCGAGAGAGGGAGAGCAGAGAGAGUGAUUGAAUGGGACAGAUUGGGAGGUGUGAGAAAAAGCGAGUGAGUGAGGCAGAGAGAGAGAGAGAGAGAGAGGAACAGAGACAGAGAGGAACAGAGGACAACAACAUAGCAACAGUGGAGGGAGAGCAGGCUUAGCAGCAUAGAAAAACACCAAUAAAAACACUAUUCAACGCUACAUUGGAUUGGAUCCACACUGGACAACAUAUAUGUGUGUGUCUGUGUGUGUGUGUGAGUCAGCCUGGUUGUGACAGUGUGUGAGAGUGUCUGUGUGUGUGAAUUUGUGUGUGAGAAACAGAGAGCGGUGGUGUGUAUGAGAGAGGUAAUCCGAAAGAACAUGCGUGUGAGAGACAACCUGUGACUGUAUGUGAGGAAGGGGUUUGUUGUGUGUGUGUGUGUGUGUUAUAGACUGUACCCGACUAUGAGUUGUGCAAUGCAAUGCAGCAUUACUUCUGAAGAGAGGGGACACUGAAGAGCGAACACUGCAGGGAUACUUGUGCAGCUGCUCUUGUGUCAGACACACCACUGUAGUGGACAGCGUCAGAGCCCACGGCUGGAGAGGACAGGACAGGACCUCUUGCCUGGAUAAUACCAUAGGGAUUGUACCAUUUUGGGAAGAUCACAGAGGUGGCAUAGACAAUACUAUACAGGUAGAUUGUACCACUGGGACGACGGGGUGAUUGUGUGUUUUCAGGAUGAAUCUGGACCCUGUUCAGGUGAUGAAGGGGCAGUCUAACCCAAAGGAUCCCACGGCUGCCCCUGUAACUGCCUCGUCAAAUGGAGAUGGCAAAGGAGCCUGGGAAGAGAAAGAGGAGUUUGACCAAGGCCACCUGGGUCUCACCACAAAACCCCUACUGGUGUCAUGUCAGAGAAGAGCCCGGAAGGUGGAGGGAGGCAUUUUCUUUCCCAAGCCUGAGAAUGCCGUGACCAUUGCGGUGUCGUCCCGGGUCCUGUUCCGUACUGAGACAGAGCAGAAGGUGUAUGAGCAGAAGGGAGUAGAGGAGUACCUAAGGUAUCAGGUGGAGCACGAGAACGAACCCUUCGCCCCAGGACCAGCCUUCUCCUUCGUCAAGGCGUUGGAGGCGGUGAAUGCCCGCCUGAGAGAACUGUACCCAGAGAGUGAAGAACUGUUUGACAUCGUCCUGGUAACCUAUAACCACGCCCAUGUAGGAGUCAGACUCAUCAAUACCAUCAACCAUCACAAUCUGUUCAUUGAGAGGUUCUGUAUGACGGGAGGCAGUUCACCUAUUGGCUACCUAAAGGCGUGGCAGACCAACCUGUACCUGUCUGCCGAUGCGGAGAAGGUCAGGGAGGCGCUGUCUGAAGGCAUUGCUGCGGCCACCAUGUUCAUGUCCAAUAAACUGACAGAGGUAUCGCAGACGCAGCUGAGAGUGGCCUUUGACGGGGACGCUGUCCUCUUCUCUGACGAAUCAGAACGCAUUUUCAAGGCCCAGGGCCUCGACGGGUUCUUCCAGCACGAGAGAGACAACGAGGACAUUCUACUGGACCGUGGCCCUCUUAAGGACUUCCUAGCGUCCCUUGGUAAACUCCAGAAGAAGUUCUAUGCUAAGGGUCACCGUCUGGACUGUCCCAUCCGUACCUACCUGGUGACGGCCCGCAGCGCAGCCAGCUCAGGGAUCCGUGCCCUGAAGACCUUGAGAGCCUGGGGCCUGGAGACGGACGAGGCUCUGUUCCUGGCCGGGGCACCCAAGGGCCCGAUGCUGGAGAAGAUUAGGCCCCACAUAUACUUUGAUGACCAGAUGUUCCAUGUGGAAGGGGCAGCGGAGAUGGGCACGGUUGCGGCUCACGUACCCUACGGGAUCGCUCAGAAGCACCCACAUAAGAAGAGCCUGAAUACAGGGAAGUAGAUAGCGGAAGGAGAGAAUAAGAGAAAGAUUGAAGAAACUAAGAGGAGAGACCUGAGAUUAAAUACUUUUAGAGAGGGAGAUAUAGAGUCAUAUGGAACAUCUGAUCUUCCCCGGGUCAUUGUCACAAACAAGAACAGGGUUAUUUUCAGUCAGUGAGCUUCGUAAAAACUAAGGUAGAUCAAUUAAAAAUGAAGACAAUGAAGAAAGUCUGUAAAGUUUCGGUAUUGAAAUACUCCUAAUAGACGAUAAUUUAAUUGUGUUGAUUACAGUAUGUGCUUUUCACCAGA